AUGACGUAAGUGUUUGCCUUAAGAUGAGACAGCAGGGCGAAACUUGGUUGACGUAGCCCAGCAACAUCGUAUCAAAGUUGAUUAGCUGUAAUUUUGGGAUUUGUAUUUUCUUAACCGUUAGUUCAUAUAUAACCGUUGACGGAAGGAGAUAUAUUGUGUGUUUUUAUUUUUUGAUUCUAAGAGUCUUUAACGCGUGUAGUAAUGAAGCGCGUGUGAUCAACUGAUGCGUCUCAUAAACAAAGUUUACUUGACUUCGUAGUAAAUAUAGUCUAACAGCACCUUGUGCUUCUCCAGAAGAGCAUAACGUCUUUAUAUCUGAAAACACGGACUUGUUAUUAAGCCGGUAAGAAGAUUAAAGCCAUGACGGGUAGAGAGGACGAGUAUGACUAUCUCUUUAAAGUGGUUUUGAUUGGUGACUCGGGUGUGGGCAAGAGUAACCUGCUCUCUCGCUUCACUCGCAAUGAGUUCAACCUGGAGAGCAAGAGCACGAUUGGGGUGGAGUUUGCUACACGCAGUAUCCACGUGGAGGGCAAAACCGUCAAGGCCCAGAUCUGGGAUACGGCUGGGCAGGAGAGAUACAGGGCCAUCACAUCAGCGUAUUACAGAGGUGCCGUAGGAGCCCUGCUGGUGUAUGACAUUGCCAAGCAUCUGACCUAUGAGAACGCCGAGCGCUGGCUGAAGGAGCUGCAGGAUCAUGCUGACAGCAAUAUUGUCAUCAUGUUAGUAGGGAACAAAAGCGACCUGCGCCAUCUGAGGGCCGUUCCUAUGGAUGAAGCCAAAGCAUUUGCAGAGAAGCAUGGACUUUCUUUCCUGGAGACCUCAGCGCUGGACUCUUCUAAUGUUGAACUUGCCUUCCAGACCAUUCUUACAGAAAUCUACCGUAUCGUGUCCCAGAGGCAGAUGUCAGGGCGUGGCGAUGACGGCUUCUCCCCCAGCUCCAAAGUGGUUCCCAUUACCGUGCAGCCCACACAGAAUUCGGGCAAGCAGGGUGCCUGCUGUCAGAAUAACUGAGCUGCCACAGCGCCACCAUGGGACCCGGGGAAAAUCGUCAACUUUGAUGGGCUGGGCUGCAAGGUUGACCAUGACCGUUGUAUUCUCUGCGCGUGGUGUGCUUAACGUAUAUAACGGACUUGCUUAGUUAUGCCCAGAAUAAGUGAGUAAUAAACUGAAGAACAACAGAUGUUGAAAUUGAAUGGAUCAAGGAUUUUUUCUCAGAAAUGAGAGGCCAUGCUUCUUAUUUCAGACUAAUUAGAAAUGAGCAGUUAGCUGGGACGCUCAGACGUGGCUGCUCUUUUGAUUUUUAUCCCUGCACUUUUGCCACAGACAGUCUGCUUACAAACAAUUGGCUGAAGAAUGAGGAAAAAGUGCUUAGAAUGUCUAAUGCUUCUUUUAAGUAACUCUUGAAUGCUUUCUGAUCACAAUAGGGAUUCAGUUGUGAAAUCAAAAUGUUUUUGUUUCCUUUAGUGUGCCAGCGCAGAAGUAGUCUGACAUCUUUUCCAUGCAUCUCAACACCUGAGAAAUUCACACUGUGGUCAUCAUAGCCGCCCGUUCGCUCGGUUCUUCCACCUCUCGUGUAUUUAUUGAAUGCAAAUAUGAUCUUGUUAUUCUGUGGUGCUUUUUGUCAUGCUUUUAUCCAUCGCUAGAUUAUUGAUCGCAAUUUCUCAAGGGUUUCUCCUUCCAGUCAUGGCACUCAUUUGUACAAGCGCUGGGAGUGUUUUCUGUGGCUCAGAGUAAUGUUAAUAGGUUAAGUUAAUGGCUGUAUGUGCUGUAGUGUUUAAUAAGAGUGUACUAUAUUCAGAUUUAGGGUUGGGAAUCGUUGACUAGUUCUAAAAUCAUCAGAUUAUUUUUAUGACACUUGAUUUGGUUAACGGUUCUUGAAUUUAUGCAUUCUAAAUCUAUGCUAUUUUAUGCAUAAUAAAAUAUACAAUAUAGAACCGAGUUAAAGUUUGUGUUGUCUUGAUGAUCAAUACGUAUCUUAUUUACUCUUAGCUGUGCGUUAAAAUCAGCAAUACCUUUCAGGCAUGCUAUUUUUGUUUCCAAACAUUUAAGGCGAGACACUGCAGGUGAAUAAAAAAAAAAGAGCUAAUAGUUAUCACCAGUUAACACAGUUGAUUGAUUACAUUGAUAAUUGCAAACAUUUCUUGUAUUAGAAGUUUGUAAAAUGUUAAGUUAUAAUGUGCAAAUGAGACACUAUUUAAUGAAAUGCACUAAUUUGCAUACAUUUCUAGUACAAUAAAUCUAAACACUGGAAAAGGUCUAGAAUUUUUUUUGACAUAUUAGAGUCAAAAUACUUAGAACUGACAGAAAACAAUAUCUUUCACAAUGAUUGGCGGAAUAAAAUGUAUAUAAUCAAGCAAAUUAUAUAUAAACAAAUCCCUCUGUAAAAAUGUUCAGGAUAUAGACAGAGAUGAAAAUGUAAAGUCUGAUGUGUGUAAGCGGCUCGGUGUAGGAGAAAAAAACUAAUUUUGAGAAUACAGCCUUUAAAAAUAUGUAUUGUGAUUGAAAUCUAUUGGCACACAUAGUUAAAGUGCUAUAAAGGAAACACUUAACAGUGUCUUUUGGAUGUUUUCUUUCCACUUGUCUGAAAAAACACUUUAUGAAAAACCAAAAAGCCCAAAAUCUCUGACUUGACGUGCAUGAAAAAACUGUUUUUGCCUGCAGUGUUUCCCCUUUAAAGUAUGAAAAUACACCAUUAUUAAUGUGUACAAAUACAGCAUUAUUAUUAAUUGUUUACCUUAAAAUGACUAAAAAUGAAUUAAGGUGCCAGAAUCAUAAAGAAAUAGUUCAUCCAGUCAUCAUAUUAUCAUAGAAUUCAUUCAAAUUGUGGCUUAAUUUUUGUUUUUGUUUGAACUGUUCCUUUAAAUCCCCACGAUUCCCAUCCCUACUGCGGGUCAGAUGUUUUUUCUGCUUUAUGACUUUAUGAUGUUGGGAAUUUGCAUGAUUAGUUUUGCUUUUGCUGGUUUCUGGGUGUCGACUAAUAGCUUUUUUCUGCUUGGAAAAUGAGCGGCAGGUGGGAUGCAGUUCUCGAAGAGGAGCUUCUGUGAUUGGGUACAUUGACCAUAUUAUAUUGCAAGGCAGGGGAACUGAUGGCUUGUGAUGUACUGCUGAGGUUUUCUUACUGGAAGCGAAUUCCUCGCUGGCCACCCUUGUUAUCUCUACAUGUAACCCGAAGAGCAGCAGGUCUCUUGAGAUCUCACUCACUGUCCUGGCUUUUCUGUCUUUUGGUGUGGUUUUAUCUGCGCAUAUGUGUGCGGCGGCGCUCAAAUCCUCAGGACGGGACCUUUUGUGUGCAGUCUUGUCGUUUGUUUAAAGACACGAGGUGCUUCCCUAAAUGCCUUGCCUGUAAGAUUUAUGCUAAUGCCAUCAAUCUGUUAUGCUGAAUAUCAGCCGUUUAACUGGAGUCGUUGAUAAUUACUGCUUUGGGAAGAUUCUGUCAUUGUGCCUGUUCUUUUCCCAGUGGGACUCCUGAACAAAGGCUGUGAAUACUGCAAAUACGUUUGUGUGUUUUCAGUGAGCAUGGAUGUUGGGGUUUUUUUUUUUUAAAACUUGGGUGUAUAGAUUUCACAUAGGGUGAAAGUUAAAAACUUGUGUAUUUGAAAGGGUUCCCACGUCUUUUGUCCAGUGACUUCCACAUGACCUUUCCAGUCAUUCCUGAAUAGCGGAUAAGGAAAUUCAUCGUAUAGAGAUUGCACUCACAAGAGCAAUUUCUAGUUGAUGAAAUAUUUAUGAGCUUUUUGAGAUGUUAUUAAUUUCUGUGACUUUUCCAGGCGAUUCUUAAAAUUCCCUGAUACUUCCUUGACCGUGGGAACCCGUGAGCUAAUUUUUGGUGAU